AUGGCUCUAGCACCUACCACAUACUCGCCACCUAGCAUGUAUCUUAAUGCCCUUGACAAGCAUCACCAUCAUCAUCAUCAUCAUCAUGUCCAUCAUAUCCAUUUUUCUUCUCUUACCCAACAAGCCGAACGACGGCUACAGCAACAACAACAACAACAACCCCACCUCCAACGACGAGUAACCCUAUUGCAUCAAAAGCCAAUGGCUGCUGCUGUUGCUAUACAACCAUCAUCCACAAAAAAGAACGAAGAACAUGCUGUGCAUAAAAAGAAGACCAAAUCGGUGAGAUUCCAUGAGGACAAGCUUGAGCACGUACGAUUGUUUCUCAAGACACAAAGACCUUUGGCUGUACGAGCGGGUGAUCCUAAACGGUCGAUGCCAGCACUAACAGCCAAGUUUCCCAAUUGGCCUGAAAAGGUUGUCAUGACACGUCAACGCGACGACACAAUGGUGCGCAUGGAGACCGUGCAGCUGCUUGAUCAAGAUGAUGAUGAAAUGGUGAUAUUGACAGGGCGAUGUCGAGUAGCCAACAUUGCAUUCCAUAAACGUGUGGUGGUGCGAUACACAACCGACUAUUGGCAAUCCUAUCAUGAGACUGAAGCUGUCUACCGUGAGCCGAUUGGCGCUAGUGCUAACACAUGGGACCGAUUUACUUUUCGUAUCAACCUUGAACAACAACAACAACCUUGCACUGUAUAUAUGGUACUACGCUACACGGUCCAUGAUAAUGAAUUUUGGGACAACAAUGAAGGGCUCAACUACCAAGUGGAUCUUGAAUUGGCCGAGGAUGAUGACGAUGUUGAUGAAGAAACGUUAUCUAAUACUACCAAGGUGCCAUCCAACAAGGAGGGUGCAUUGCAAAAACAUGACAAUGGAUUACUCAACAACAACAACAACAUCAAGCAUCAAGAAAAUCCACGUCAAAAGAAAAUCGUAAAGAAGAAACUUGGUCAUCGAUAUGACUUUGGUGCAUCCUUAUCUGCCGCCAAAAAGAUGGAGCCUAUGGUGAAGCCAUCGUUUGCCAACAUGCCUACAACAACAAUAACAGCCACCCCUGCGCCCUUUGUCAUGAUGACGGCGACCUUGGAGAAUGACGACCAAGCUAAAUACCAUGACCUGGUGAGCAAAUAUUGCUUCUAUGGCAAUCCUCGUGCAGCAACAUCUGGUGCCGCUGCUUCUGCAACCACCGCUGAGCCGAUCUGCGGCUAA